AUGGUCAACGUCGUCGACAUCGAGGACGCCUACAAGACCUACGCGCUGCGCGACGCCGCCGCGACGACGAAAGAUCUCCUGAAGUGGUGGGACAGGGGCCACCGGUCCAUGCCCUGGCGCCGCGAGUCGACGGAGCCCGUGAGCGCGGCCGAACGGACGACCUGGGCCUACCGCGUCUGGGUGAGCGAGGUCAUGCUCCAGCAGACGCAGGUGUCGCGCGUCGCGCCGUACUUCGAGCGGUGGAUGGCCAAGUGGCCCGACGUCCACGCGUUGGCGGCGGCGCCCGAGGAGGACGUCCAGGCGCUCUGGAGCGGGCUGGGCUACUACCGGCGCUGCAAGUUCCUCCGCGAGGGCGCCGCGGCGCUCGCCGCGCCGGGCGCCCAAUGGCCGACGACGCGCGCCGACUGGCUCAAGGUCAAGGGCGUCGGGCCCUACACGGCCGCGGCCGUGUCGUCCAUCGUCUACGGCGAGGCCUGCCCCGUCGUCGACGGCAACGUCGUCCGCGUCGUCUCGCGGCUCGCGGCGUGCGGCGUCGCGCCGUCGUCGACGGUGGGCGCGAAGCUCUGGUGGCGCCUGGCGGCGCAGCUCGUGCCCGCGGACGCGGCGAGGCCCGGCGACGCGAACCAGGCCAUGAUGGAGCUCGGCGCGACGGUCUGCACGAAGGCGAACCCGGCCUGCGGCGACUGCCCCGUGAAAGCGACGUGC